AGAGCCAGCCGAGCGAGCGGUGAAAGAAAGACUCUUUGCAGUUCUGGCGUGAGGUAGGAGAGGCUCGGCUGCUGCAAACACGAAAUCCGUCAGUUCCCGUUAUAAAUUUCGAGGGGCACAAGAACGAACGGACGGACAGUCGCGCGCGGGUGCAUGACUGUGCUUGACGAAAAAUGUGAGUCAACCCAAAUUGGCAACCUUAUAUCAGCGCAGCGCCGAGAAGGAGGAAAGCAAAUAAGGGCCGUGCAGCCGCCUACCGAAGAUUGUCCGAUGUGGACAGUCGUCCUCCGAAGGUGACCGUGUCUUAAAGCUUUUGCGAGAUGACCGUCACCUACACCGCCGAGGUAGCCACCUGCCGCGGCUUCGGUUGCUUCCUCAAGCUGCUCUUCAGAUGGAGGGGCAGCAUUUACAAACUUGUGUGGCCAGAUUUAAUAGCCUUCCUCGUAGGCUACUUCAGCCUCAGCCUUAUGUACAGAUUCGUACUCCAAGACCCCGAAAGAGAAAUCUUUGCGAGGGUGGUGCAUUACUGCGAUACAUACAGUGAUCUGAUUCCUCUUUCAUUCGUGCUCGGCUUCUAUGUGUCGAUCGUGAUGACCCGGUGGUGGAGCCAGUACCAGAACAUCCCAUGGCCGGACCCAAUCGCCGUAUUUGUCAGCGCAACAAUUCACGGCCAGGACGAGCGAGGUCGUCUGAUGCGCCGUACCAUUAUGCGUUAUGUGUGCUGCUGCCUGGCGCUCGUGUUCACCAUGAUCAGUCCCAGAGUGAAGAAGCGAUUCCCUACGCUAGAUCACUUCGUCGAAGCGGGUCUGCUGAUGGAAAACGAGAAGCAAAUCAUUGAGGACCUGAACCAGAAGUUCCCGCGCCACUCAAAACACUGGCUGCCCAUCGUGUGGGCGGCCAGCAUUGUCACUAGGGCACGCAAGGAAGGCAGAAUCCGCGACGACUUUGCCGUCAAGACCAUCCUUGACGAGCUGAACAAAUUCCGCGGCCAGUGCGGCUUACUUCUCAGCUACGACACAAUUUCAGUGCCUCUCGUCUACACUCAGGUGGUCACGCUCGCGGUCUACUCCUUCUUCAUGACUGCCAUCGUUGGCAGACAAUGGGUCCGGCCUGAGGACCACCCUCACCACAAGGAAAAGGACAAUAUCGACUCCAUUUUUCCCAUCUUCACCACCCUUCAGUUCUUUUUCUACAUGGGGUGGUUGAAAGUGGCCGAAUCGCUCAUCAAUCCAUUUGGUGAAGAUGAUGAUGACUUUGAAGUCAACUGGAUCGUUGACCGCAACCUUCAGGUGUCUUACUUGAUCGUAGACGAGAUGCACCAUGAGCAUCCAGAGCUGCUGAGGGACCAGUACUGGGAUGAAGUGUUCCCGUCAGAGCUGCCGUACACAGUGGCGGCUGAGCAGUACAGGGAUAACAUUCCCGAGGCGUCUACUGCCAACAUCGAAAUCAAAGAUUCGGACGCGCUCAUUUCCUCAAGCGUGCCGCGCAAUGACGAAAACUACAUGAACAGAUUGGCCAGUGGCGAGUCAAUCAGAACGCAGAGGAGAGCCUUAAGUCGGCAAGCAUCGGCCAGGGAAAGACACCUCUCCGGCAGGUCCAGUGCGAGUUCUAGCACGCUCAACAGCAACCACGGCAGCCAGCCGGCCAUGUCCUUGCCUCGCGUCGCCUCCAUAACCAAUGUCUUGCGCCGCAUGUUUUCGCGGGAUCGUGACCACAACCUCGGCUCAUCUGCGGGAACUGAAUCUGUGAGCGGAAGUCGAGUGGACAUGUUCCACAGCAACCAGAGCCUGCACACGCGAGGAAUGGCGGGCACGACGGCGAUCGCUGAGCAGGUGAUUCCAGAACUGGAUGAGAUGCAAGCGACCGUGAUCUCGAUGCGCAAGCCGGAGAGCCGACCUCACAUGCAGGACAUCUUCGCAAUCGCGGUGCCAACAACGCCGAGCCCAACGCACGAGAGCUCCAAGCCCAUCUUUAUCAUGGGCUCGGUCAGCACAGCGCACUCAACGCCGAGCACGCUGCGCGGAGUGAGCAUAGAUAGUGGUUCUGAUGACGAGAAAACUCACCUGACGAGGCCCAAGGACCUGCAAGACAUGGCCGAGUCGGGCGCCUCCGACAUGAACAGCCUCUUGAUCGAGCCCACGUCAUCCUCGGGGGCCAAAAUCGUGCGCAGUGGUGACAACAAGUCGGCUUUGUGACCCUUGCCUUUCGUCCAUGUUUAUUAAUUGAUUGCGAGCAUUCCAACUCGAAGUGUAGCACAAUAAUUUGGAUUAAGGAUUCGUGCACAGAAUGUUUGCUGAGCAAAUAUCACGCCGUGUUGUCGAUGGCUGUAUUAAUUUAUUUAGCACACCGGGGAAAACGCACUAGUUCAAUACUUUGAUCAAGAAUCUCAAUGUGGUGCUUCUAAUUACGCUAACGAUCGUUUUAGCUUUGCUUGUAAUUCACCGGUGCCUUCAUCAGUAAGUGCGAAUCUCUGAUGUUGCCGAGAUUCUUGGGCUGCUACAUGAAUUGUCACAAAUUUUAUUAAGCAGUUGCCUUUUACUUGGUUGUGGAUGACUUAAAAUGUAAGAUUACGAAAAUCGCACACAAAAGUUAGAAUUAAUUGUUCCAUUACAUUUUACAAACUGAGUUUCAAGUUGUGCCUUUUUUACGAUUGAAGCACGCAAAAUUCGCAUAAUUUUAUUUUUUAUUGGUAAGUUCAUUGAAUUACAUUAUGUUUCACUUCCAGAAGUGAGCUGGUUUUGAUUACCAACAAAUUAUGUGAAAUUUUUCAAAUAUAAUAGCUUUGAUCUUGAAACACCUUUACCUAAUUUAGAACAAUAAUUAUUGUAAUGUACUGCUUGCAGCAGCUAAUCAUCUCGAAAUUUGAGAUAAAUAAAUCAUCGCAUUCAGACUUAAA